AUGGCACCUCAUACCAAAGCACCCGAAUAUGAGUUUGGCGGCCCCUUCGGUGCCACUAUCAUCGUCUUUGGUCUCCCAGUGCUGCUGUACUUCUUCAACUUCGGCUGCAACGAUGUGGCCGGCUGUCCGGUGCCAUCCCUUCUGGAUCCUCGAAACCUGAACUGGGAAACACUAAGGUCAGAGAUGAGAUGGCGCAAAGGCGGCAUUUGGGACCUCGGCAGCUGGGAGGUUACCGGCGUCGUUUUGGCCUACUAUGCCUUGAGUAUGAUCCUGUACAGAAUAUUUCCUGCCCAGGAGGUCCGCGGGACAAAGCUGGUGCAGCAUGGUCGUCCGCUGAUGUAUCGGCUCAAUGCAUUCUCGGCUUCUGUUUUCCAACUCGCCAUCUGCGCCGUGGGGACAUACCUCCAGGGAGCUGACUUCUUUGUCUGGACCUACAUCACGGACAACUACGUCCAGUUAUUGACAGCCAACAUCCUGAUCGCCUACGCUCUCUCCAUCUUCGUCUACAUUCAUAGCUUCAGCGUAUCCACCCAAUACCCCAACUCAUCCCUCCGGGAACUAGCAGCCAGCGGCACCACCGACAACCUAAUCUACGACUUCUACAUCGGCCGGGAGCUCAACCCUCGCGUCGUCCUCCCCUUCUUCGGGGAAGUCGACAUCAAAACCUGGUGCGAGAUGCGUCCUGGCCUCACGGGCUGGAUCCUGCUGGACCUCGCCUUUGUUGCUAAGCAAUACCGCUCUUACGGCUUCGUCUCUGAUAGUAUCGUCUUCACUGCCCUUGUCCAGGCCUUCUAUGUCCUCGACGGGCAGUACCAUGAGUCUGGCGUCCUGUAUAUGAUGGAUAUUACGACAGACGGCCUGGGGUUUAUGCUCACCUUCGGCGACAUUGUCUGGGUCCCGUUCCUGUACUCGACACAGUGCCGCUACCUUGCCGUCUUCCCGUUGCAGCUCGGGUGGGCUGGGCUCGUCGCCGUGAGCGCCGUGUUUGCAAUAGGACUGUACAUAUUCCGUGCUGCUAAUACGCAGAAACAUGUGUUCCGCACGAAGCCUGACGAACCCAGUGUGAAGGGGCUGUCGUAUAUCCAGACGAAGCGUGGGACGAAACUACUCACGGCGGGAUGGUGGGGUUUGUCAAGACACAUCAACUAUUUCGGUGAUUGGCUGCAGGCGUCGCCAUUUAGUCUCCCGACGGGAUUGGCUGGAUAUAGGAUCCUUCCAGCCGGCAGUGUGGCGGCCACGUCGUACGCAUUCAAGAUGCUCGACGGGCGAGAGGUGGUGCAGAGCGAAGCCAAGGGUUGGGGUAUAUUUUUCACGUACUUUUACGUGCUGUACUUUGCCAUCUUGUUGAUGCACCGUGAAAGGAGGGAUGACGCCAUGUGCGCGAAGAAGUAUGGCGAGGACUGGGAUGAGUACCGGAGAAUCGUCCGGUGGAGAAUACUUCCUUGGAUUUACUAG